AUGACUACGAACUUACUCGACAAGAUAUCCAAUUAUCUACCGGCUAAUGAGAAGUUCAGAAUCUUAUAUAUCCAAUCCAAGCCUGUCUAUGUCAAAUCACCCAUCAACAUUUCCAAAUCGGUUGUUAACAAACCAGAUACGGUAAAGAUCCGUCAUUUCUUCACUAUAAUUUCAUCUUCAGAUAUAAUAGUUUUAGGAAUUGAGAUAUUUGUAUAUUUGCAAAUAUAUCCUGAUUAUAUUGACCAAUUUAUAUUUGUUUCCAAAUGUGACACAGUUGGGUUUCAUAAGAUUGAAUUUAAAAUCGGGGUUAUAAUUGAAGAAUUUAUUCAAUAUUUAAUUAAUUAUGAUUUAACAAACUAUAAAAUAAAACCAAGAAAAGAAAAAUAUGAUGAACAAGAGAAAGAAGAUAUCCCAUUAGUUAGCAAUGAUCGGCAAACGCAAACUACUUAUCUUUUAAAUGAAUUAAUUAAGAAACUUGCAUCUGAUCCCAAAUAUUUCUCAUCCAUUCCAUAUUACCAAACCAAUACAGUUAAAUCAACAGUCCCAGUCAAACCAAAUUUAUUGAGACAACUCCCAUCCAAACAAAAUAUUAAAGUUUCAUUAUUCACGAAAGCAGCCCCACAAUAUAUAUUCCCAAAUUCGGCAAAGAAUCAACAUAAACAUGUCAUAAAUGGACAACAAUUACUUAAAUGGUGGAUCCCUGUUAUCAACAAGUGUACAUCUAAAUGGCCAAUACAUAGAUUAAUGAUUCCAGGUUCAGAUAAACUUUCAACCUCCAAAUUUAUUCAAAACUUCCCUAAUUGGUCAAUUGGACACAUAUUUGGUACGAAAGGACCGGCAGUUUACAGUAUUGCAUUAUUUCCUGAUGAUCCAAAGGGAAGAUUUCUAGAGCAUCUAAUUGUUGAAAAUCGAUAUUCAAAUGUGAAUGUGGAGCAAUUUUAUGAGGAAUUGGGAUAUAGACAAGAAUUCAGAUUAGGAGAUUUGGUAGGAUUGAUUGGGUGUGAAAUUGACGACGUGCCAAUUAGUUCAAAUCAACAGGAAAAGGAAAACUAUUCAAUACAAAAAUUAUCCAUACAUCAAUAUAAACAAUUCAUAAAUUUGAUCAAGCUGGAAAAUUAUAAUGUUGAAGUUGAUAUUAAGUCAUUAGUUGAAACAAAAAUCCCCAGUUUUUUCGAGUUGAAUAAACUUCCAUUUAAUUAUAUCAACGUAGUGGGGAAAAUGGCCAAACAUGCUGCUCAAUCCAGAAAACAAGAACCUGUUGUGAAUACCUUAACCGUGAAACGAAAAACCAAUGAUUUAACAGGAUUGGUGAAAAGAAAGAAGAAAUCAUAA